CCCGCCUCCUACCUCGUCUUCUCUGGACUUCAGGGGAGAGGUUUGGGAGCCUGGGAGUCGGCUCGGAAAGUGAAGGGUGCGCACCUGGGAAGCUGUUCUUAAUCUCCCUGCUCAGAAUGAGCCAGUCUUGGUGAUGACCCCACCUCCAGAAGCCACCAGACUAUGUGACAGUGGGGGGUUUGGGCCAGCCUUGAGAAGAGCAAGGAUCCCAGAAUGAUGAUAUAUGAAGGGUUUUCCAAGGUCAUCUAUUUCUAACUCUCUUGAAAUCUUUAAAGACAUCGGGCCUGAAAAGUUCAGUGACUUGUCCAGGGAAACCCAGUUUGUUUGUGACAGAAUCAGGAGGAAAACAGUGCACUUCGCCCUCUCACAGCUGAACCACAGUUCUCUACUCUCCCAAGAGCAGAAAAUGAACAUACCUCAGGCAUCAGUAUCAUUCAAGGACGUGACUGUGGAGUUCACCCAGGAGGAGUGGUGGCAGAUGGACUCUGCUCAGAGGACCCUGUACAGAGAUGUGAUGUUGGAGAACUACAGCCACCUCGUCUCAGUGGGGUACUGCUUUACAAAACCAGAACUGAUCUUCAUGUUGGAACAAGGAGAAGAUCCGUGGUUAUUAGAGAAAGAAUUUGUAAACAGAAGUUCCCCAGAAGAAUCCCAACCUGAUGAACUCUUACAGGAGAGCCUAGAAAACCAAGGCAAACAUUUGAGGCAAGUUUUAUUUGUCAACAAAUCAUUGACUACAGAGCAAGAAAUUUCAAGAAAACUAUGUACUCUGGACAUAAACAUUUUCCCUGCAGAAACAAUGCCUUGUAAAUUUGACACUACAAGGUCUACUUACUUGCUUCUUAGCUCAUUGACCCCACACCGUCAAUAUUCAAGAAAGAAGGCUUAUGAGCUUAAUUUAUGUGAGAACUGGCUCCUCAGUAUUAAGGAUCGCAGAACUAAUACUGGAGAGAAAUCUUUUGUUUAUAGUAAAAGUGUGAAAGCCUUUGGACAUAAAGACAAAGUUAUUCAGCAUCAGACAAUUCAGACUUUACAGCAAACUUUUGCAUAUAAUGAAUGUGGAAAAGAUUUUCUUGAAAAGACUGCCCUUGUUACAUCUAAGAAUACCCACCCAAAAGUGAAAUCUUAUAAAUUCAAUAAAUUUGGGGAAAACCAAUAUGAUAAAUCAACCUUGAUAAUCUCUCAGAGCAAUCAUCCAGAGGAGAAGAGUCACUACGAGUUUAAUAAAUAUGAAUAUACUAUUGAUAAAAACAGAAAUAAUUUCAGUAGGAUCACUCAAAGAACUGACACAGAAGGGAAAUCUUUUAGCCAAAAAUUACACAUUAGAGAACAGCAAAAAAUUCAUAUAGGGGUGAAACCCUUUGAAUAUGGAAAGAAUUUCAGCCAUAAUUCAACCCUCCCAAUGCAUCAGAGAAUUCACACAAUAGACCAGUCCUCUGACUAUGGCACAUGUACACAAUCAUUGGCUUACCAGUCAACUUUCAAUGUACAUAAGAGAACGCAAAUAACAGUGAAACCCUAUGAGUGUAAUGAAUGUGGAAAAUCCUGCACUAUGACUUCAUGCCUGAUUCAGCCUCAGAAAAGUCACACAGAGGAGAAACCCUAUGAAUGUCAUGAAUGUGGGAAAGCUUUCAGUGAGAAGUCACGCCUAAGAAAACAUCAGAGAACUCACACAGGAGAGAAACCCUAUAAAUGUGAUGGAUGUGAGAAAGCUUUCAGUGCAAAGUCAGGCCUAAGAAUACAUCAGAGAAUUCACACAGGAGAGAAACCUUUUGAAUGUAAUGAAUGUGGGAAAUCUUUCAACUAUAAAUCAAUCCUCAUAGUACAUCAGAGAACUCACACGGGUGAGAAACCCUUUGAAUGUAAUGAAUGUGGAAAAUCUUUCAGCCAUAUGUCAGGCCUAAGGAAUCAUCGGAGAACUCACACAGGAGAAAGACCAUAUAAAUGUGAUGAAUGUGGGAAAGCUUUCAAACUGAAGUCAGGUCUAAGAAAACAUCAUAGAACUCAUACAGGGGAGAAGCCCUAUAAAUGUAAUCAAUGUGGGAAAGCAUUCGGUCAGAAAUCACAACUCAGAGGACAUCAUAGAAUUCACACAGGGGAGAAACCCUAUACAUGUAAUCAUUGUGGGGAAGCCUUUAGCCAGAAAUCAAACCUCAGAGUACAUCACAGAACUCACACGGGGGAGAAACCCUAUAAAUGUGAUGAGUGUGGAAAAACUUUCAGGCAGAAAUCAAAUCUCAGAGGACAUCAGAGAACUCACACAGGGGAGAAACCCUAUGAAUGUAGUGAAUGUGCCAAAGCUUUCAGUGAGAAGUCAGUCCUAAGAAAACAUCAGAGAACUCACACAGGAGAGAAACCCUAUAAUUGUAAUCAUUGUGGAGAAGCUUUCAGCCAGAAAUCAAACCUCAGAGUACAUCAGAGAACUCACACGGGGGAGAAACCCUAUAAAUGUGAUAAAUGUGGGAAAACUUUCAGCCAGAAAUCAAGCCUUAGAGAACAUCAGAAAGCCCACACAGGGAACUAAACAUAUAAAUGUAAUGAAUAUGGAAAAGCUCUGAGCUGGAAAUCAAGUCUCGCAAUACAAAAUAAAACAUGUAGGAGAGAACCCCUAUGAAUAUAAUGAACACUUGGAAGUUUCUCUGCAAGAUACCAGCUUUCAUUAAACAUCAGAGAACUUACACAAGAGAGAAAUUCUUGGAAUAUAUUUUACACGGGCAGUCUCAUCUUGAGUGCAGUCCUCAUUGUAGAUCAGAGAAUUCAAUCCAGCAAAGAAACUCUGUAAACAUAAUGAAUAUAAGAAAUACUCUGUGCAUUCGAUCCUUGGAAAACUCACACUGCAGAAGAACCCUGGGAAUGUAAUGAAAAUGUCAAAACUUUGUCCCAGCAAUCAAAAUUCAUUCAUCAUCAGAGAAAUCAGACAGAAAAUUGAGAAUGUAAUAAAUGUGAGAUAACCUUUAGCCAAAAGCCAGCUUUCUCGGUAAAGCAGAAAAUACAUAGAGACCUCACAGUAUAUCAGAACAGACAAGAAAUCAGGGUAAUGGAUGUGGGGAAUCCUUCUACUAUAAGUCAAACCUCAAUUUGACUAACACAAGGUAAUAACUAUAUGACAUAUAAUGACUAUUAAUUGUUCACCAAUAACCAUUUCCUUUUUUCUCAUGCCACACCUCAUCUAAAUUUCUCAACUACUCUGUCAUCCAAAUGAGAUCAUAUUUUUAACCUCUGGAUAGUGAAAUUUAGAGGUCAACGACAAGUCUUACUAAAUACACCUCUCAAAUUCUUAAUGUUUUCUCCUGUCCCUUGUCAGAAUGGAGUGGAGAUUACCCCCAGCAAAACCAAAGAGGCUCAUGCACAGAAGAUGAAAGAGUACAAAGUAGAAAGAAACAGGGCCAAAGAGUGACUGUUGAAUGAAAUUUUCUUCUGCAUGUACACAGACAUUUUGCUGUGAUGAAAUAAACUUGUUCUCUGCUGGGCUUCUA